UGGUCACCAGAGCGUCUUCCGGCUCGCUCCAGCCGCGGUGUCUUCGGUAGCUGCUUGGUUGGUGUUGGCCGCAGAGCCUUAGUGAAGGUCUCCGAAGCCGGGUCACCGCAUUCCGUGAGGAACGGAACACCCAGAUCGGUAUUCGAUAAAGCCCUCCCAUGGCUUCCCAAGAUGGAGUGGAGCCAGCGACCCGAGGGACGGAGCUGUCGCGGUGCCGCAGGCCGCCCGCCUACACGGCGGAGACCCGCAGGCUGCUCGGAGUGAUGAUGAAGGAAUCCAAGCUGACUAACUUCCAACAGCGCCACCUCUUGGACACCAUGAACCGAGGAGACGCUCUGCCCCUACAGUGCAGCCCAACAGCCAGCCAGCGGGUGCUGCCUCCCAAGCAGCCGGCCGGGGCCCCCGCCAUCCACCUGCCCCCCAUCCUGGCAGCCCGGUCCCACCUCCGCCCCGCCAGCAUGUGCCAGGCCAAUGGGGCCUACAGCCGGGAGCAGUUCAAACCUCGGGCCACCCGAGACCUGGAGAAGGAGAAGCGAAGGCUCCAGAACAUCUUUGCCACUGGGAAGGACACAGAGGAGGGGAAAAGAAAGCCUCCUCCCCUGCAGCAGGAGGAGCAGCCCCCACAACGGGAUCGCUUCCAAGAAUUGAUACAGGAAGUCCAGGAGAGAAAGGAAUUCCUGGCUGACAUGGAGGCCCUGGGCCAGGGCAGACAGUACCGAGGGAUCAUCCUUACUGAAAUCUCCCAGGUAGGAGAGGCUACGGGGAGCUGGGCGGGGCUGGGCCCACUCAGUGUGGACCAUCAGGUGUGCAGUCAACUCCAGCUGUCCCUCACAUCUGGGGCAGCUCCUUGAGUCCCUACCCUGACCCCCAGCUCUCUGUUGCCUUUAGCAGAAGCUACAGGAAAUGGAAGACAUUGACCAUAAGAAGAAUGAGGAACUCCGGAAUGCUCUGGCCAACACUUAACCUCUCCCCAGAGAUGAGGGGGUAGCCCACCUGCACUGCAGCCCACCCACCUUCAGCUAUGGCACACAGCUACCCAGCACUGCCUGGCAUCCAAGCAAACAGUCCACCUCUCUGAGCGUGAGCUGACUUGUCCUGGACAUCCUUCCAGGGUCUCUGCGACCCAGCCACAGAAACAGACACAAGUUCCGGGUCUUUCCUCAGGCCCUACAUCCAAGGACAGCAAGGCCCAAGGGCCUCCAGCCUGUGUCUACACACAUGGUUCUCUGGACUUGGAAUGAGCAUCUGUGUGAGGGCCUACAAAUUGCCAUAGGAUGUUUAACCACUCUACUUAGCUGGCCAAUAAAGCCUACUCACACAGGU